AUGCUCGGUUCCUUCACCACCACUGACUGCACCGUGGAUCAACUGCCUACGCCCUCGGCGGAGCCCGACGCUGAGGGCGCGACCUCUCAGCUGCCGCCAAUAAACCCUACUGCCGAGAUAACCUCCGAAGGUCGAGGGAGGAAAAGGUCGACGGAAGAGGUGACGACCGUUUAUGAGGAAGGUAAAAUCAUUGAGGCUGAAGGCGAGGCUAGCGUGGUUGUUGGAGCAACGGUUAAGGAGGGUGAGGCCGUUGGAGUGGUUGUCGUAUCAGAAUUGCAGGCGUCACGUCUUGCCAAAAGGCUACACAUCACACUGUCAUCCUUAAAGUAUGAGGGCGAAGAUGAGGCUUCCCCCACAGAGGAUGACCCCACAGUCGUGACCGAGGUGACUGGCGUAAAAACCAUCGCGACCUCAGAGUUGCUAUUGCGGCAAUGCCAUCUCUAG